AAAUCAGUUCUCUUUAAAACGCGACGGAGUGAGCAACAUGAAGACGUUGCUCCUAGUGCUGGCCCUUUGUGGCGUCCAAAUCCAUGCCCUCUCAGUGCGUGCACGGCGCGACCGUACCAUCGACUAUAACGACGACUACGACGAAGAUACCAGAAAGGAUUGGCAGCCCGAGCCCCUGAAGCCAGCUCCCUGGUCAGAGCCACGAUAUGCACAGCCCCCGGAAACCGUGGUCCAAGUGCCCGAAAUCGGAGAGAUCUUGGGAAUUGGUGGAUAUAAGACCAUUGCCAAUCGCCCGGUGAAUGCCUUCUUGGGCAUACGGUAUGGCACGGUUGGAGGCGGCUUGGCACGCUUCCAGGCGGCCCAACCGAUUGGAUACCAGGGACGGGUUAACGCCACCGUCCAGAGUCCAAAUUGUGCGCAGUUCCCAGAGCUCGAUCGCCUGAGGGUGUCUGAGUCCCGGGGAGAAAACGUGGACGACUGCCUUACCUUGGACAUCUACGCACCCGAAGGCGCCAAUCAGCUGCCCGUGUUGGUCUUUGUGCACGGAGAAAUGCUGUUCGACGGCGGCUCCGUGGAGGCCCAGCCAGACUAUGUCCUGGAGAAGGAUGUGCUGUUGGUCUCCAUUAACUACCGACUGGCGCCCUUCGGCUUCCUAAGUGCUCUAACCGACGAGCUGCCCGGAAACGUCGCCCUUUCCGAUCUGCACUUGGCCCUGGAGUGGCUGCAACGCAAUCUGGUACACUUCGGUGGCAAUGCGGGACAGGUGACCCUAGUGGGUCAGGCCGGUGGUGCCACGUUGGCUCAUGCCUUGAGCCUCAGCGGUCGUGCGGGCAAUCUCUUCCAGCAGCUGAUCCUGCAGUCGGGCACCGCCUUGAAUCCGUACCUGAUUGACAACCAGCCACUUGACACCUUGAGUACCUUCGCCCGCCUGGCCCGCUGCCCACCACCACCCAUAAACCCACUUCCACAAGGAUUUAAGCCCCUCUACGAGUGUCUCGGCCGACUGCCCACCUCCCAGCUGGUGGCGGCCAUCGAGCAGCUGCUCCUCCAAAACGAGCCACUCGGCCUCACCCAACUGGGCGGCUUCAAGCUGGUGAUCGGCGACCCUCUGGGCUUCCUGCCCAGUCACCCAGCCUCACUGGUCACCAACGGCAGCCUUGCGCUGCCCAUGAUUGUCGGGGCCACCAAGGAUGCCAGCGCCUUCAUCCUGUCGCGAAUCUAUGACCAGAUCGCUCGCCUGCAAUCCCGCAAUGUGAGUGACUACAUCGACGUUGUCCUGCGCCACACAGCGCCGCCAAGUGAGCACCGCCUUUGGAAGCAGUGGGCACUGCGCGAGAUCUUCACUCCGAUUCAGGAACACACGGCUAGUGUGCAAACAGUGGCCUCUGGUCUGCUCGAGCUAAGCAACUACAUCCUGUAUCGUGCCCCCGUGAUUAACUCCAUUCGUCAGUCGUACCGCUCCACCCCGGCCUACUUGUACACCUUCGACUAUCGCGGAGAGCACCAUCGGUUCGGACACCUGUCCAACCCUCUUCCCUUUGGAAUAGAUGCCUCGCUCAGCGAUGACAGCGUGUAUUUGUUCCCCUAUCCACCGGAGGCCAGUCGCCUGAAUCCCUCGGACAGGUCGGUGUCCCGUGCCCUGGUCGCCAUGUGGACGAACUUUGCUACUACUGGCGUGCCCAAUCCCAAUUUUGGUGUAUGGCCGCAGGCUACCUCUGAGUACGGGCCCUUCCUACGAUUCACAAAUAAUCAGCAGAGUCCGAUUGAGCUAGAUCCGAACUUUGGCGAGGGAAUUUACCUGCCAAAUCAUAACUGGGUAAGCUAUAAGCCAACCACUAUCGUUUCACCGCCGAUUACCACCACGACCACCACCACAACAACAACUACCAGGCGUCCAUACGCCUACAACCCGUAUGCCAAUUGGCAAAACAGGCCUGCCCAACAGAAUCCGAAUUGGCAUCCUGCGGAUCCGGAAUACGUCAGAGCACAGGAAGCUCGUCAGCAAGAGUUCAUCCGCGAAAGGGAGCAACGUAGGCGAGAGCAGCAGCAGCGAGAGCAACAGCGUCGCCCCCAGCAGGAGUCACGUGAGCAGCAAGAGGUACGACUACGCCAGCAGCGAGAACAAGAAGAACGAAUUCGUCAGCAGCGAGAGGAAGAAGAAAGAUUACGUCAGCAGCGAGAGCAAGAAGAUCGAAUUCGUCAGCAACGGGAACGAGACCAGUAUGAACGCGAGCAGCAAGAGCGAGAGCAACGAGAGCGAGAAGAGCGACAACGGGAGGAGCAAGAACGUGAGCAACAAGAGCGAGAGCAACCUGGUUAUCCGGAAGAUGACCAGCAGCCAGAUAAUAGUCCGGAUGAUGGUCGGCUACCAUAUCCCUCAUACGAACACUAUGGUACUGAAGAAAAUGGAAAUCUUCCCGAUUCCGAUCCCAAUCCCAACUAUAGCGAGGAAGACCGCGAGCAACAACUGCAAGAGCAACUGCGUCGCGAGCAGCAGGAACAGCAAGAACGAGAAUAUCAAUUGCAACGAGAGCGUGAGCAGCGAGAGCGUGAGCAGCGAGAGCGUGAGCAGCAAGAACAUGGACUGCCGGAACUUGGCCCUGAAGAAUACCCUAGCUACGAGGAAUAUAUUAAAGCCCUACAGGAGAAAAAUGCGGAAAGAGAUCGAGUCUAUGCCGAGGAGCAAGAGCGGGAGAGACAGCAGCAAGAUACAUUGCUUCAAGAAAAUCAACAGCAACCUCAAGAAAGUUUGCCAGAGGAACCGCCAACCCACCCCGUCUACGAGGCAUACGAUCCGGAGCGCAGCUAUAUUGAGGAGCAGGAGCGCGAGCAACAGCGAAGGGAUCAGGUUGAGCAGGAAAGAAAUCAACAGCCUGGCGAGAACCAAGGAGAAGACUAUGAGAGAUCUCCUGAUGAGGAAGAGGCAGCAGAACAGGAUGCUCUCAAAGUGGAGGAUUUCCCCAGCUAUGAGGCUUACCUGGAGGCCGCAAUCAAGCUCCGCGAGGAGCAGGAGGAACAAGAAAAAUUGGAGGAGGAACGUUAUAGGGCCCAACAGGAGGAGGAGGACCGCAUCCACGCAGAGAGGGAACGCAAUUCUCACAACUAAGGAAAUAGAUCAAUGGUUCAUACGGUAAUCAUGUAAAACCACCUUUCAUUAUAAUCCCUAUACACAACUCAAAUCAAAAUGUUUACCGCGCUCUGAUAUCUAUAGAAAUACAUCGAAAGCUAAUGUUUUUGAAUAAAUGCAUUUUCGAAUUACUGCUUACAUCAUAA